CCUACACUACCUCUGCUUUGGAACCUGAUUCAUCGCCAAGACGUGUAGUUGAUCAUGUCCAGAUCUCUGUCCCUCAGCAGCAUAAAUAAACACUUCCAUCGUCUCACGAACUUGUUCCUGUCAACCAGCCGUCCAUCAUUCUCCUCAGUUCGUUUUUCAGACUCGUCCUUAUGUCCAACUCAAGCCCGGUUCACUGUAGGACUAUUGAGGACGUCCCGCUGCCAUAUCCCGCUUCCAAGCUGAUCAUCACCCAACGUCUUGAAGCAUCACAAGAAUCACCUUUCUGGGCGUGGAUCAUUGUUGGUGCAUUCUACGACAGACAAGAUAACGUCCUUUGGAGCACCGAGAUCUUCGCUGGUCGCUUGGACAUCGAUUCGGACUCUGAAGACGAGUCUAGUGAUACUUCGUCUGUGGCGGAGAGUUACACCGAGGAGACAGGUUCUUCAGAUAUCUUCUCUUCCUACCAAGAACGAUCUUAUCAUCACAACGAAGCUUUGAACUAUCAAGUGCCUCCGGCCCACCGAGUCUUUCCAUAUUGGAGCCAAUCUCCGCCAUACGCUAUACCACCAACUUGGGAUCCAACAACCCAAGGUCAAGUUCCCGGCUUCUGGCAAGCAUCUUUCGAUCCGAACGUUCGUCGUUGGGUUCAUACCUGGCAACCUCUCUGACUCCCCUCCCCUCCCCUCUCGCGAACAACCACCAUGUCUGGUUGGAACCCAAUCAACGGUCGUGACGCUACAGGCUCACGACCG